ACCUCAGCAGUGCCACAGCUGAUCGCAUCCAUGCCACGCUGCAUUGAGGCAGUAAUUCAUGCAAAAGGGGCCCAAACCAAGUACAGAGUGCAUAUGCAUGGUUAGGCUUAUUCUAAUUUUCCGAGUAUCACCUGUAUGUGCCCAGGCCUCACCAGCCCUGCUGCUUUAUUUCCGUCCAGCGCAUGCUCUGUGCUGUUUCUCAUUGUUACCGUUUCCUCGGUAAUUCCAAACUGGAACAAAGGAAGGCCGGGAACAUCCCGAUGCUUUUGAUAAUUGGGAUAAUGUUGACUCGUGAGGAGGAGACUGUGUGAGUGGCUUGAACUGACAAAGGCAGAUAUAUGGCGCCAGCUGCCGGGGGGCGGCUCACUCGAGUUAUCAGCGGUUUUUGGCCGGGAGUCUGACGCCACGGGAGGCUGGCCGGAUCAAUGAGCUGCAAUGAUUGUCUCAGUCCAAAUAUUAGCCGUUUUGGGGAUUUCUUUGAUGUCUUAAAGGCUGCUUACAGCGCUGUUUGCUCUCAGAGCCCACUUUAUCUAAAUUACAGCCGUUAGAAAGUUGGCAGACGGGGGCGCGCGCCAGGAAAUCGAGCCAGCGGCUCGUUUCGGGGAGCGAGCAGAUAAAAGCCUUCGUCCAGCUCCCAGGUGUGACGCCGUUACCAGCGACGAUUAAUGAACUCGUGUGACGAUAAAAUGUCGCGAGGCCCUCCGCGCGUGCAGCUGGGCCCCGCUGUAACUAAAGCAGAAGUCUCCGGUUAUUGUUUAACGCGUGAAGGGACAUCCACCCACUUAGUGAGCCGUUACAUACACGAGCGUUUAUUGCUAUCUGAUCCCAGAGUGGAUUUCACAGGAAAACUCCAAACAUUCAAAUCACGAGUUAAUCCCACUUGAUUGAGCUGCACCGUUGGGGCCGUGGAUCGCAGUCCGCCUCUAAUUACACUGUUAAAGAUAUGGCUGCGGCCUGUUUGAUUAGACAAAGGUGUGUGCAGGUAUAAAACCAGCGCUGCGUGCUGUCUGUACUCUUCCAGCUUUGUGUGUUCACGUGGAGUUUACAUCUGAGAGCUGCUAAUUCAACAUUUUUAAAAACAAUGUUGAACAAACCAUUUACAGACCGCAAGAACCCGGCUAUGUUCACAAAGAAAUGUUAUUCAAACAAGUGCAUCAUCGCGCUCUUUGCCUAACUGUCUUACUUCAGCGUGGUGCCAAACCACGGGGAAUGUCUUUUUGCAUAAAGCAAUGAUUCGGAUCUCUGGCUGGGAGAACAUAAACAGUUUGGACAGCUACCCUCGUGGGCCAAUCCGCUGACUUGUGACACGAUACUUCCUGGAGCAAAACCGGUGAAAACUAUCAUUUCAAAACCAAAUCACACUUAUCAAUUUGAAAGCCCGGGUCUAAUGCAAAAUAUCCUGAAAAAGUUGCCAUUAAAUCAUCUGAGAGCUGCUAACAGAGAAUAUCACGAAAACACUGUAACGCUCCUCCUGUGUAACAGUGCAUGUACUACUGUAUUGUGUAUGUUAUAAAGCACGACUCCAUACCAUUUAUGUGAAAACCUUGUUUAUUUCUUAUUGUGCCAAGUUACACAUAUCACUGUGCUAAUACAUAUAUGACGCAGCAUUGCCAGCAGUAUGCAGAUACUGCGACAAUAAACGGAUGUUCACACUCAUUAAUGAUCCAGUAAUAUGAUUUUGCAUGCAAGUUUUGAUUGAGGUACUUUGGGUAAAUUUAAAUGCAAACUCUUUUUGAACUGAGUAGGAGUGUGACUUUUACUCAAGUCCAACAGUAUGGGCGGUGUACACUCUUGGGAGUGUGACUGAGGAGGCUGAAGUGUGAGCUGGUCCCGUAUUUGCAUUUUGAGACCCAGCUACUAUCAGUGCCGGCUCUGUUCCAUUACAUUCGUCUGUUUUCUGAUUACCUGUUUGCGUCGGGCCGAUUCUUCUGAAACACAAUUAUCUCCCCUCUCCUGUCAUCCGAUCACUGUGGGGCUCGUUAAGAGCUGCGUGCAAGCCAAUCAGAAACGGCCGCCGGCCACCUGCAGGAAGUUGGCCGUCCACUUAUCUCCUCCCUCCUUCGGCUGCAGACAGAUAACAGCAGCAACAGUUGAACAGAGUGGCAGCUCCUCAGCACCGCAACCUGAUGGACACCAAAACAGUGUAACGGUCUCCUGAGCAGCUCGGAAACAGGCUCUGGUCGUUGUGUUUCGGGACUGGCUGAGCCGAGGUUAGCGCGGCUCAUAAAAAAGUUGCUGUGAUAGAAAGAGGAAGGCUGCGGGACUAAAGACGCGAAGCUCUCCCCUAGUUUGGAUCCAGUGCGCAGCAGCGGUGAUCGGCAUCAUGAGCGUCCCGCUUUACGCACCGACCCCAAUUCAGCCGGCACACCCGACCCCCUUCUACAUCGAGGACAUUCUGGGGAGGACCUCCACCACCACCUCCACAUCUCCGUCCUAUUCUUCAUCGCCAACGUCUUCAUCUUCCUGCUCCACUCCGGUCAUCCCCACACCGACUCUCCCGUCUCCCAACUCGUCCUUCAAAAGUUUGAUCUCGCCGUACCGAACCCCGAUCUAUGAACCCACGCCGAUCCACCCUGCGCUGUCGCACCACGCUGCGCUGACGGCGACGUACGCCUCGGCGGGGGCUUUCACCGGCUCCUUUUACCCAUUUCACCAGCAACACCACCGCUCCAUGGGGGAGUACGCACAGGCGCUGCUCAGGCACGACCCUCUCGGGAAGCCUCUGCUGUGGACGCCGUUCAUCCAGCGGCCCUUACACAAGAGAAAAGGCGGCCAGGUGCGCUUCUCCAACGACCAGACCAUCGAGCUGGAGAAGAAGUUUGAGACGCAGAAGUACCUGUCACCUCCGGAGAGGAAACGCCUGGCCAAGAUGCUGCAGCUCAGCGAGAGACAGGUUAAAACCUGGUUCCAAAAUCGACGUGCGAAGUGGCGAAGACUAAAACAGGAGAAUCCUAAGAGGGAGGUGGAGGAUAACAGUUCCAGAGGUAAGAAAGGAGAUGAGAUGAUGGAGGCUGCCGGAAUCCAGAACCAGGAGCAGAGACAGCCAGGCUCGGCUCCCGAGUUGGCGCAGGCGGGACACUGUGUGUCCUCACAGCAGGCCCACACAGAGCUGGACUCUGACGUGUCAGACGACACAGACCAGGAACUGGACAUAGAGGACGACGAGGACUUCACACUAAACUCCCAGUUCUGAAACACAGGCUCCAUAAAGAAACUGCCUCGGACACUGAAGCUCUCAUGCGUCCUCGACUGUCGGGUCGCUGUAACUCCUUCCUCCUCCUCCUCCUCCAGCCUGGUGACUUGCAGAUUGAUAGACUGGUUCCUGAUGUAAUACUAAGACAAGUCAGCCCCUCAAACCCGCGUCCAGAGUGCCUUUCAUCAGAACUGUCUUCUUUGUUGAACCUGUGUAGAUAUGCGUAAUGUUCUGUGACUGUGUUUGUUUGUUUGUGUGUGUGUGUGUGUGUGUGUGUGUGUGUGUGUGUGUGUGUGUGUGUGUGUGUGUGUGUGUGUGUGUGUGUGUGUGAGAGAGAGAGAGAUGUUCUUCAGAUGAAUAGUAUGCCUGUAGAUCAGUUUCUCUGUACUGUAGCAUAUACGUGUUUUUAUAGCGUGUUUUUUAGUUCUUUUUGUUUUGCGUGUGUCGGCGUGUGUGUGUGUGUGUGUGUGUGUGUGUGUGUGUGUGUGUGUGUGUGUGUGUGUGUGUUUUAUGUGACAUUUUAUUAAAUAAUCAAUGUAGCGCAAAUUCAGUUUUGUCUGAUGUCUAAUAAACUAUUUUAUGACAAUCAA